AUGCACACUCAUAUUGACGAGCCUAGCGAUACAUCCACGCGGAGCUCUCCGAUAUCCUCGACCCCCUCCUCUCAAGCCGAUCUGGAUAAUAUGCUCACCUCGGCAUGCAUGUGGGGUGACUGUGCAGACCGAUUCAACGGUCCUCUGGAUCUCGCAGAGCACGUCAACGUCGCACACUUGCCUGGCAAGACGCACUACGAUCCCCCUGCAAUGGCGUGCCAAUGGAAGGAUUGUAGCGUCUAUCCGACGCCCUAUUCGAUGCCUGGCCCUUCAUCGGGUGACUUUGACACUUUCUUUGGAUUGCUGUCUUCGCAUCUGCUCCACGACCAUUUGGGGCUGGGCUAUGUCCCCGAAUGCGGCGAGCACCACCACCACUCGAAAAGCUCUGUCGAGGAGACUGCGCCAGCCCCGACGGCUGCCGUGGCAGAACAUGUCUGCCGAUGGGCAUUGUGCGGGGAAUCAUUUACUUCUUCUGAUGACCUCACACAACAUCUGGCAAAUGCCCACGUCGGUUCUGGAAAGAUGGCGUAUGAUUGCUUUUGGGGGGACUGUAGUCGACACGGAGACAACGGUUUCACAAGCAAGCAGAAGCUCAGUCGUCAUCUCCAGUCGCACACCAAGCACCGCCCGUUCCAAUGCCAGAUUUGCAUGCAGCACUUUUCUGAGGCUGCUACGCUGCAACAACACAUGAGAAGACAUACAUUGGAGAGCGAGUGA